AUGUUUAAGAGUCGCGGUGAUAGUAAUAUUGUUUAUAAAUGUACUGUUCGUUUAUUGGAAGACACUGAAAUAUUAGAAUGUGAAUUUCAUCCCAGUAAUAAAGGAAAACACCUUUUAGAGCAAGUAUGCCAACAAUUGAAUUUGAGUGAAACUGAUUACUUUGGGCUUCGAUAUGUAGAUGCUGCAGGUCAAAGGCAUUGGCUGCAUGUAGCUAAAUUAAUAUUGAAACAAGUGAAAGAUGCAUCACCGAUACUGUUUAGCUUCCGUGUAAAAUUCUAUCCACCGAAUCCAUUGCUACUAAAAGAGGAUGUCACCCGGUUCCAAAUAUAUCUCCAGUUGAAACGCGAUCUCUUACAUGGACGUCUCUACUGCACCUCGAAUGAAGCUGCUAUGUUGGGUGCCCUCAUUAUACAAAUUGAACUUGGUGAUUAUGAUCCCAACAUCCACGUGGGUAACUACGUCACAGAAAUGCGCCUGUUGUUGAGACAAACAGACGCGAUUGAAGCUCGGAUACAGGAACUGCAUAGAGAGCCAGUAGAAGGUUCGCCGUGUGGUACAGGGGGCGUGAAAGGUCUUUCCACGCAGGAAGCGGAGAGAACCUUCUUGAAAAUUGCUUGCCAGCUGGACACCUACGGCGUCGACCCUCAUCCUGUUAAGGACCACAGAGGAAAUCAAUUAUAUCUAGGCAUUAAUCACGGUGGCAUACUUACAUUCCAAGGCAGUCGGAAAACAAACCACUUCAAGUGGUCCGAAGUGCAAAAGAUCAAUUUUGAGGGACGAAUGUUUAUUGUGCAUCUCAACUAUCCAGAAAAAAAGCACACAGUAGGUUUCAAAUGUCCGAGUGGGGCCUCAUGCCGGCACGUAUGGUGCUGCGCGAUAGAGCAAAUGUUAUUUUUUACGCUGCCGUGCUCGUCGGACGCGUGCGUGUACUCGGGCGGCGGGUUGUUUUCGUGGGGCACCAAGUUCAAGUACGCGGGCCGCACCGAGCGCGAGAUACUGGAGCGCGACGGGCUGCUGGCGCCUCGCGACCACCAGGAUAAUGGGCCUAGUGCAGGUGGAAAAAGGAAAGCGUCGAGUGUACCCGCUACGCCGUCAACACCAAUGACUGGCGAUUUUGGAUACAGCAGUCUACCGCGAUCCACGCACAGCGCACCGCUGGAGGAAAGUGGUUCUGGGGUCCCGGAGAAUGAAGUGUGUGACGGCGGCUGUUUGCUGAGCGGGCCCGCCGUAGAUAUCGCGCUCUCGUGUUGCGAUAAACCCGCAGUCACCUGUCCAGAGUACAGCGCGAGGGACCUGUUCGAACACUCGUCGACGGAGUCUGCGGCUACGACGCACGUGACACACGGCACGCAUGCGUCACACGGCAGCCACGCGACACACGGCACUCAAGGAACGCACAAUGACGAUUGGGCUCGGCCCGCGCUUCAGCCGCCGCCCCGCCCCUUCAGCCUCCUCCGUGCCUUCGUGCCCUCCUUCAUCUUCGUGUGGCUUUCCCUCGCACUCGCUGCCCUCCUCCUCUUCGAGACCGACUGGCCACCCCUUCGCCCUCUCAAACGUAAGCCCGAACUGAUUUCCCUGCGGCAUCACUACUACGCACCGCUCAAAGAGUACGUCAAGAGGAAGGUAAUCGAGCUUUUUUGA